GACAGUUCACCAGCUGUGGAGCUGUUAUUGUCUAGUUUAGUGUUUAUUUCAUUUCAAUUUCAGUUUCGAGUUUCUAAAUGUUAAUUUUUCUGUUUUCUAUAUGAGCUCCGCAUAUGAAAGUUUUUUUUGAGAAAUGGCUGAAGUAGAUUAUCAGAUGGCCCUUCUUUUAGAGUAUAAGUUUGAACAAGAAAAGUCAUGUCUUUCAGACUUGCAAUUGGCAAAAUCCUUACAAGAACAGUAUGAAAAAGAAUAUGCAGUUGAGCGUCCUGUACAAAACUUGGUGUACGAAAAGAUAAAUCAGAAUUCUUCAAAAAACCCAACCAAAUCUCUCACUGAUCCUUCUUGGGAAGUAAUUGAUCCGACUCCAGACAUUCAUAAUCUUUUCAUGGCCUUCAAUGAAAGAUUUUUUUGGAACAAACUUCUGGCAGUCUGCGUUUCCUGGAGUAAGCGCAUGACAUCAUGUGCAGGAAUAUGCAGCUACGAUGGUCGUGGAGGAAUGUGUAGAAUCACUCUGAGCGAGCCAUUACUGAAACUGAGGCCACGAAAGGAUCUGGUAGAAACUUUGCUCCACGAAAUGAUUCAUGCUUAUCUUUUUGUUACUCACAAUAAUAGAGAUCGGGAUGGACAUGGUCCUGAAUUUCAUAAACAUAUGUAUAGAAUAAACGCUGAAUCAGGUACAAAUAUAACUGUUUAUCACAAUUUCUUUGAUGAAGUUAGACUCUAUAAGCAACACUGGUGGAGAUGCAAUGGUCCCUGUCAAAAAUGGAAACCUUUUUUUGGAAUGGUUCGACGGGCUAUGAAUAGACCACCAGGACCUAAUGACAAAUGGUGGGGCAAACAUUCUAUGGAUUGUGGAGGAAGUUUCAUUAAGGUUAAAGAACCGGAAAAAAAUGUUAAAACUGUUUCUACGGCAAAAUCUGGAUCUGAUAAAACAAAACAAGAUAUUAGGAAUUUCAUUCCACUGGUGGGUAAAAAAUCAGCUGACACAUCUGCGAAUAAUACUCCUACCACUUCUAAUGACAACACCAAAAUCAGCAAUGUUAUUCCAAAGUCAAACAUAUUUGGAUUCAAUGAUUUGAACGGUUCUACUAAAGCAACAAAGACUAACAGUAGUGGUAAUGGUUUCAAAGGAUCUAUUCGAAAUAACAGUAGCACUGUGAUUAUCAAUAAAAAACCUAGUAGUAGCACAAAGGAUGUAGAAACAAUCAAUUCUAAACAAACUGAUCCUCCUCCAAGUACUUCACAACCACCGAAGGUUCGGAGCCAUGACGAUUACUCUGUAGUACGUAAUCAUUGGACAAACAAAUUUCCUGUUAAAUCUGCAACAAAACGUAGCUUUGAUGAUACCGAUUCUACUCGGAUCCCGUCAGAAAAACUUCCUAAAUUAUCUCAACCUACCAUCGAAUGUCCUAUUUGUAGCAAAAAGAUUUCAGAGGAGCAUCUCAAUAGUCAUAUAGAUGACUGUCUCCUGGAAGACAAUCCUCGAGUAUGCAUUAUUUGUGAAAAAAAUAUUCCAUUGAGAGAUUAUCAAGACCAUGUCAACAAGUGUUCAGAAGAGAUUUUCAAAGAUGAUGUUUUUGUAGAAGCAACUGAAAAUGUACCUGAAUGCUGGAAAAAAACUAAGAAGAAAAAAAAAUUUGAAAGAUAA